UAGUGGCUCAGAUUCCCAUGCAAAGGGGUGAGCUGAGCUACAUAAAAGAUGAACAAGUACCAGGGAAGCCUGCUGGUGCUGCCCUCCCCACGUCCCACUGAUGAGCAUCAGCGAUCCAGGGUGGCACUCCCACCCACAGCUCCAGGGAGUUUCUGCCAGGCAGCCAUCCUGCUCCCCGCCACACACACACACCCUGUCCCAGCACCGCGCACCUGCUCCCUUCUAUGUGACGGUCUGCGUCUGCCUGGCUGCAGGGAAGGCCUAUGAGAUCACCUAUGUGAGGGUGAAGUUCCGUACCAGCCGCCCCGAGAGCUUUGCCAUCUACAAGCGCACGCGCACCGGUGGACCCUGGGAGCCCUACCAGUACUACAGUGCCUCCUGCUGGAAGACCUACGGCCGUCCUGAGGGCCAGUACCUGCGGCCUGGCGAGGACGAGAGGGUGGCCUUCUGCACCUCUGAGUUCAGCGACAUCUCCCCCUUGAACGGGGGCAACGUCGCCUUCUCCACCCUGGAGGGUCGUCCCAGUGCCUACAACUUUGAGGAGAGCCCUGUGCUGCAGGAGUGGGUCACCAGCACCGAGCUCCUGAUCUCUCUGGAUCGGCUAAACACAUUUGGGGACGACAUCUUCAAGGACCCCAGGGUGCUCCAGUCUUACUACUAUGCUGUGUCUGACUUCUCUGUGGGCGGCAGGUGCAAGUGCAAUGGUCACGCCAGUGAGUGCGGCCCUAAUGAGGCUGGUCAGCUGGCUUGCCACUGCCAGCACAACACCACGGGAGUGGACUGCGAGCGUUGUCUGCCCUUCUUCCAGGACCGUCCGUGGGCCCGCGGCACUGCAGAAGACGCCAACGAGUGUCUGCCCUGCAACUGUAGCGGGCACUCCGAGGAGUGCACAUUCGACCGGGGGCUCUUCCGGAGCACGGGCCACGGCGGGCACUGUCAUCACUGCCGUGACCACACAGCCGGGCCACACUGUGAGCACUGUGAGAGGAACUAUUACAGAUGGGCCGCGAUGACACCAUGCCAGCCCUGUGACUGCCACCCAGCAGGCUCCCUGAGCCUCCAGUGCGACCACUCAGGCGCCUGCACCUGCAAGCCCUCAGUGACGGGUUGGAAGUGUGACCUCUGCAGGCCUGGGUUCCACUCCCUCGGUGAGGGCGGCUGCAGACCCUGUACCUGCAAUGUUGCUGGCAGCUUGGACACCUGUGACCCCCACAGUGGGAACUGCCCCUGCAAAGAGAAUGUAGAAGGCAGCCUAUGUGACAGAUGCCGCCCUGGGUCGUUUAACCUGCAGCCUCACAACCCGGCAGGCUGCAGCAGCUGCUUCUGCUACGGCCACUCGAAGGUGUGUGCCCCUGCUGCCGGCUUCCAGGCACACCACCUCCUCUCAGACUUCCGCCACGGAGCUGAUGGCUGGCAGGCCAGAAGCGUGGGGACACCAGAGCAUCCUCUGCAAUGGAACCGGAAUGGGAUCCUCCUGGGCCGGCAAGGAGGGGAGGGACUCUCAGCACCAGAGAAGUUCCUGGGCGAUCAGAGACUCAGCUACGGACAGCCAGUCAUGCUGACCCUCCAGGUGCCGCCUGGGGGCUCCCCACCUCCUCUGUACCUGAGGCUGGAGGGGGCAGGCUUGGCUCUGUCCCUAAGGCCCUCCAGUCCUCCCAGUCUUCAGGACACCAAGCAGCCAGGACAGGUUCAGCUCUGGUUCCUCCUACAGGAGACCUCUGAGGAGGCAGAUGCCCCACUGCCUGCCUUCCACUUCCAGCGGCUGCUUGCCAACCUGACUGCCCUGGGCAUCUGGACCAGGGGCCUCGGCCCGGACCACUCUGGCCAAGUGUUCCUGUGUGAAGUCCGGCUUACAUCAGCCCAGCCCCAGAGAGGGCUCGCCCCGCCAGCCUCUUGGGUAGAGAGCUGCUUGUGUCCCCCGGGACACACAGGCCAGUUCUGUGAAUUCUGUGCUCUGGGAUACAAAAGAGAGGUACCGAGUGGGGGUCCCUUCACCAACUGCAUCCCCUGCACCUGUAACCACCAUGGCACCUGUGAUCCCAACACAGGAGUCUGCCUGUGUGGCCACCACACCGAGGGGCCAUCCUGUGAACGCUGCAUGCCAGGUUUCUACGGCAAUGCCUUCUCAGGCAACGCCGAUGACUGCCAGCCCUGUCCAUGCCCUGGCCAAUCAGCCUGUACAGCCAUCCCAGAGACUGGAGAGGUGGUGUGCACACACUGCCCCCCUGGUCAGAGAGGCCGGCGCUGCGAGAGCUGCGAAGAUGGGUUUUUUGGGGAUCCUCUAGGAGUCUCUGGAGCCCCUCAGCCCUGCCGCCGGUGCCGGUGCAACGGGAACGUGGAUCUCAACGCUGUGGGCAACUGUGAUCCCCAUUCCGGCCACUGUUUGCGCUGCCUGUACAACACCACAGGGGUGCACUGUGAGCAUUGUCUGGAUGGCUUCUAUGGGAGUGCCUUGGCCCCCAGGCCCGAGGACAAAUGUGCUCCCUGCAGUUGUGACCUGAGGGGCUCAGCCAGUGAGAAGACACCCUGCAACCCAGUGACCGGCCAGUGUGCCUGCCUGCCUCAUGUCACCGGGAGGGACUGCAGCCUCUGCAGCCCUGGCUUCUAUGAUCUCCAGUCCGGGAGGGGCUGCCAGAG